CAAAUACAAAGGUAGUAAGAACAGCCUGAAAAGCUUAUUUAUGGUACGAAGGACCAUGUUUUCCAAAGCAAAGAUCAGAAAGACCACCAGAGGGCGGGCUUUCUUGCCUCAGCAUUACAAACUUAUUCUGACACGGGCUCUUUAGUUUGUGUAACUCUUUAUCGUAUAGCUUAUUAUUUUCUAAUCCGAUUAUUACAGCGGUUUUCAAACAUAAAUUAAUAAAUGAACAUCUAAUCUUUCCUUAGCACACUAAAACAUCGUAGUUAUCACUUUGCUUUAUUGAAUAUCAUGUUCUGCUCAAUCUCCUCAAAAGAUUAUGGGAAAGCCGAAAGCGCGUGACUCCUGGCAAUCCAACGCGGUCUGGGUAAUCGCUGAGAGCACAAGCGCGCGCCCUACAUAAACACGUGCGUGUGCUCGCUAUGUGUUAUUGAAGGCGAGGCGUGACAACGGAGGCGCGUUCACGUGUUCGCCACCGGUUCCAGAGAGAGGUAGAGAGCAUCACAACACUGGCAAACAGCUUCCUCUGCCCGAAUAGCGAAAGAGGACAACAGGGAAUUUAGAGGGUAAAUUACAGGGAGGCUUUGCGCCAAGGAGCCGAGGGGAGACGAGCAUCCACCCUUGUAGUGACAAUCGUAGCAGGAGCAGAUUCGUGGAUUUUCCGUGUCAGUUGCCCGGUGCUCCACACACCCUGUGCCUUUGAAUCAGCAGCGGGGAGGAGGGGAGGACCAGAGGAGGCUGUGCAGAGAGGAGGAGGACCAUGGAGGGGAUGCAGGCAUACGGAGCCGGGAAAGCCGGAGGAGCCUUCGACCCCGUCACCUUCUUCCAACAGCCUCAGACCAUUCUCCGCAUAGUGUCUUGGCUCUUCUCCAUCGUGAUCUUUGGCUGCAUCGCCAAUGAGGGCUACAUCAACCGCCCCAACGAAGUAGAGGAGUUCUGCAUCUUCAACCGCAACCAGAAUGCCUGUAAUUAUGGCGUCUUUAUGGGUUCCAUGGCCUUCCUCUGCUGCAUGGCCUUCCUGGCUCUGGACGUCUACUUCCCCCAGAUCACCAGCGUCAAAGACCGUAAAAAGGCAGUGCUGGCUGAUAUCGGGUUAUCAGCGUUCUGGUCCUUCAUGUGGUUUGUGGGUUUCUGUUUCUUGGCAAACCAGUGGCAGGUAACCAAGCAUGAGGACAACCCACUGAGAGAGGGAGGGGAUGCUGCCCGGGCAGCCAUCACCUUCUCUUUCUUCUCCAUCUUUACCUGGGCGGGCCAGUCCUUCUUGGCCUUCCAGAGGUACAAGCUGGGAGCUGACUCAGCCCUCUUCUCCCAGGAAUACACGGAUCCCAGCCAGGACGCUGCUGGAGCCCCUUAUACCUCCUUUGGUGGGGACGAUGUGGAGAGCCCAGGAGGAGGAGGGGGCCAGUCCAACAGUGAUGGGGCUUUUGACGGUACUAGUGGCUACCAGCGUCAGGACUACUGAGAUAAAAUAUACUGGAGGGGGGGUGAAGUUGUCCAUAGUUUCUAAUUAAGAGGUGUAUAUAGUUUAUAUCACACUAAAAGUCACUGGGUCAAAAAUGACCAAAUUUGGGUCAAUAUAGCACACACGCAGGGUUGUUUUGAACCAGUGUAAGACAAUAAGAUUUAGUGAAAAAAAAAAAAACAAUAAGCAUAUGAAGCGUAAUUAGAGCUGGAGUGUAACAAUGUACAAUGUUUGGAUAAAUAACCCCAAACUAAAACUAAAAUCUCUCCAUGGCUACUGGGUUAAAGGUGGUGUAAGCGAAUCCAAUACAGGUGUUUUUGUCAAAUUCAGCGAAUAUUUCCUCACGGUCCGCUAGCCCUCAGUUCUGUGUGAGCACUGGAAAAAAUCCGGUGGCUCAGCCCUGGCUCUGUAAAUGGGAAUGUGGCCCACACCCAGUCACACAAUGGCACACAUAUUCCAGCCGUUCCAGCCAUGAUUUGUGUGUCAGGUAACGUUAAACGACUUGCCCACGGAUAUUCAGCUUACUUUCUAGUUUGCUAAGAUAUGCUGUUGUUGUGAUAUUAGCUAUAGUAGCAGGGAGUAUCGCUGUUGGGAGCUGUUAUGCGGCUCUGGGACCGUCCUCUCUGCAUGUUGGCUUCGCAGCAGCAACCGUAACAACAGUUUGCUAAACCACAACUUAGCUAACGUUAGUUGCAUUACUUGCUGUGUCGUUGUUCGAUCUGUACCAUGGAAUUUGUCAUGGUGAUGGAUUUCUCUAGAAUCUCUAUCUUCACUUUUAAAUUAAUAUAUUUUAUUUGACUUAGUGAUUAGUAGUGCAUACAUGCAACAAUGAAUGCAUUUUGCUGGAGGAAGAAAUUAGUGGUUUUCAUACCUGUGACAUUUUGGGGGUGAUUUCCAUCAGUUUAUGUAGGAUAAAACGCAGAAUUUAUCUCUAGGUCAGAAAUUUUGGACAACUUUCCAAAUUUUGGGAGGCACAGGGGUCUGAUAAGAUGUCAAUUAGGUUUGAGGACAUCCAUAGUUAGGGGUUGUGGGAAGCAGAGAGACACUGGGUGUGGUUGAAGAUAUCAGGAACAGGAGGGUAGGAAGAAUUCGGAGGUCAAGCUUUUGCAGAAAUGGUUACACUGUAGCAGAUCAAUGCUUGUGACCGCAUUGCCUUCAUCUGUUGAGGUCUGCUGUCAGUCAGCAAAAUGACUGCAAUCAGUGUUCAUUGAUACACACACACACAACCACACACACAACAAAUACAGCCACACACAAGCACACGUUCACAUAUUGAUUUCGAACAGACAACACAGGUUUCUGCUGACGAUACUCCUUAGAGGUGCAUUACAGGGUCUUUGCAUAGACAAACAAGCAACAGUGGCAUAUCUGGCAACUAACCCCAUUAACUGUAACACAGGAGUGUGUUUGUGUGUGUGUUGAAAGGUCUCCUUUGGAUUUUAAUGAUGUGUGGAUGUGGGACAAUGUGUGUUUUCCUAUUUCCCUGAAGAACCCACUUUUUCUUUCCUCAGUUGUUGCCUUAGUGCUGACUGCCAAGCAAAAUCCAAUGAACACAGGGCAAAGUAUACCCAACAUACACAGUGUCACAGUUCUCUUUAAGCAUCUUUGCAGCAAAAGCAUAGCUAAUCGAAUUUUGUCUUGUCCUUAAGCACGUAAAAACCCUGAACAAAACAAGGAUUUGUCAUCAUUAUAGAGCAUCCCAAAUGACACAAAAUUUCAUAACAGCAACUUCCUACACUGAUGAUUGCAGGUUAUUUAUAUAUUUUUCCAUUUAUUCCAACAAAUCUACAGAUUUGGCAACUAUGAACAUCCAUAUACAAAGUAUUUAUGAACAUGCAUUGCUCCAAUUUCUUAAAGAAUAAAGUAUAUCUGUCUCUCUAAAUAUAUGUAAAUCUAUAAUUCAUUAUAUUAGAGUGUGUCAUUUUAGGGCAUUAUGCUAGUUCUGUAUAUAAAAA